AUGGACCAAAACUGGAGCCCGGCUGUCCAAGUCGUCAUCAAUGGCCGUCCUCAGGCGCAAGGCCAUGGCUCUGGCGGGCUCUCGCAACGCCGGACCAGGCCAUUGUCUGUUGAUGAAGCUUUGCAGUACUCGCCUAUGUCUAGCUCGCCAGUGUUCGGCUUAGACUGCAUACUGCGCCCUGAAGUUGGCCGACCUCCCACUACCACCUCUAUCAAUCAUAUCCUUCAGUCGGGUCGAACGGUUUUGAAUGAAUUAAAUGCUGAGAUACAAUCUGGGCAUGAUGAGUCGAGUCGGUUAGAGACAUCUCGCGAAUAUCUACAGCAACUGCUUGACGGUGACCAGUUGACGGAAUUCAAGUUCAAACUUCCCCCUGGAUCUGCUCAGCCCAAGAGUUCCCUGUCUAGCCCGCCCUCAGAGCACGUUUCUGGUCGGAACGAGCUUGGCCCGUUUGCAAAGAUGAUGUUGGAUGCUACGGACAUAGCAUUUCGGUAUCCUACAUCGACGGAAGUCAAGAGUGAAAAGCCAAUGAGGAAAUCACCAGCGUGGAACGAGCAAGCGCAUCGAGCGAAUAAUGAUAUCCCAGCGUCUUACAUUCAAUCUGCUUACCCGGCAAGCCAGCUGUCUGUAGUGAUUCCUGUCAAGCCGAUACCUACUCUGAACGAUCGUGGCACUUCGAAGAAGAGAAAGCUCAGUAACGAUGUGGUGGACCUUACCAUGAUUCGACUCAAGGAUCAAAAAGAGGAGGCAGAUGCUGCUCUUGUAAAGCUACAGGACCUGUUUCAUGAGGUUUUCCAGGCAGAGGAUCAAGUUGAAGCAGAAACAACUGCUGGUGGAUCGGCCGAACGACAAGAUGCUGUUUUUUCGGUUGCUCACUCCCUUGACGUAAAUGGGCCUGUCCUCUCAUCUGAUGCUCACAGCCGUCUUCAGAAGGCCAUGAAAAAAGUUGUUGGUUUCAACCGGCUUCAGGACAUCCCAUCGGAGUACUUGAAUAGAUUACGAAAGCUUUGUGAGAGGCCAAUCGUUGCGGCACAAUCACCCGAUCUCAGGCUGGACGACCCAUCAAAUGAUUCUGAAACCCACGAGUGGCUUGAAAAAGUCGACGAUAUGCUCAAUGCUCUUCUCGCAGUGGGUACGCUGUUGCAGACAAUGUCUGGCUCUCGAACGGAAAGGGAUCUCUGUCCGGAGGAUCUGAUCGAGGCCAUUCCAAAUGUAUUCAAUCAGAUUUUCGAUCACUGCGUCAUUCCGGCAGUUGAGGCCCGCCCUGGAGGCAAAGAAGCCAGGUAUUUUGAGUUCUUCUCUUCACAGAAGCGUGUUAUAGGGGCUGUGAUCCAGCAAAGUAAAAAGAUUCUUGGACUGUUUGCCGACUUUCUGUCACGCAUUGAUGUUUCUGAAGGGACAAUCACCGCAACUGAGUUUUUCGCUGCAAAGCUAAUUUUCGUGGAAAAUGCGCAUUCCGAAAAGGACUCUGCUGUCGGCUAUCAAAAGUAUGAAUCAGUUCGCCGCGGAGCCAUGGAUGUCCUGGCAAAGAUUUUCUCCAGGUAUCCUGCUCAGCGUCCAUUCAUUCUUGACGAGAUUCUUGUUUCUCUGGAAAAGCUUCCGUCUACGCGGCAGAGUGCCCGGCAAUUCAAGCUCGCCGAUGGUAAGAGUAUUCAGCUUCUGACUGCGUUGGUCAUGCAGCUUGUCCAGACCACUGCCCUUGACACUCCAUCCAAAACACGAAAAACGAAGCGUAAGCUCUCGGCUGGCGAUGAUGACGAAGAGUCACUUGAAAAUGAGGAAGACUCGGACGAAGACGACGAUGAGGAUCAAACAGAUGCGUCUCUAGAGCGUCUCGCAACGAAAGUCAAUCGUCUCUAUGAUAAUGCGGUCCGCAGUGCGCAGUACAUCGUCAAGUUCAUAGUUCAACGUGCAAUGACAUCUACCAAGACUGGCGACCAACCCUUUCGGAACAUUCUCGAUAUCUUCACCGAGGAUCUGAUUGGUGUCCUGGGCUCAACAGAUUGGCCGGCGGCUGAACUGCUUCUUCGCAUCAUGGCGUCUCACAUGGUUGGUAUUGCAGAUCUUGAUAAGAGUCCUGCCACUGCGAAAAGCAUGGCUCUGGAGCUUCUGGGUUGGAUGGGAUCCGCCAUAUCCGAUCUAGUAGUGACCGCUCAGCACUUGCUUCCUUCGAUGGAAGAGUCCGACAGUGAUCUCAGCGUCUAUUUGAGACAGUUGUUUGAGGACUACUCCAACCAUGCCUUACAUCCUCAAGAUCUAGUUGUGCCAGAAGGUCCGUAUCGAAUAGCUUUCGAGUACUUUCUUCAGGCCCAGUCAUCGGACAACUGGCAGCUCUCCAGUGCUCGGGGUUAUUACUUGGCACAAUGGGCAAAGACCGUCUGCUCGGUCUAUUAUAACUCCGAAGACAAGGACGAUGUUCCUGACGACGACGCUACUGAGAGCCUCAUUGUUCUCUUGACGAAGUUGUUCUCCGAGCCGCUGUGGUUGGAAACUCAUAGACACUUCGAUAGGAUAUCAACCGCUCAUGGGCGGUUCGCAUACAUUUUGACUGUUUUAAACUCGAGCUUUUGCAAGGCUUUUGACACAAUCCUGAAAGUCCUCCUCAAUUCGAUUGCCAGCGACCAGGCAAAGGUUCGCAGUCGGAGUCUUAAAAGCGUGAUCUACAUGCUCGAAAAAGACCCGAGUCUUCUAGACAGAGACGCAUCAGUCAUGCGUGUUAUCCUUCGAUGUGCUACGGAUGCCUCGCCGAUGGUUCGAGACUCGGCACUUUCGCUGAUCGCCAAAUGCAUUGCUCUCAAACCGAAGUUGGAAGAGGAUGGGUGCAGGAGCAUCCUGACUUGCGCAGCCGAUCCUACAGCCGGUGUGAGGAAGCGCUGCAUUGGGCUGCUGAAAGAUAUUUAUCUCAAGACGUCUCGCACCGAAUUGAAGCUGGCUAUAGUGGAUAGCUUUCUCCAACGGACAACGGAUACAGAAGAAAGCGUAGCCACUUUGGCGCGUCAGACUUUCGAGGAGAUCUGGCUUACCCCGUUUCAUGAGCUUAUCGAUUCGUCACAGGAUGGCUCGAAGCUCAAGGUUGGUCUAGGGGAGCGGGUCACGCUGAUUGUAAGCUUGGUCCAGCGCAGCGAGACCGCUCUCGACACAUUAGGGGUUUGUUUGAGAAAGAUUAUAUCGGACAAUUCCAAGACGGCCUCAUUGAACUUCAAGGUUUGCAAAGCGAUGGUUGCAACGAUGUUCGAAAAAUUAGUUGAAGAUGAGGGCUCGGAAAAGGAGUUUCAGCAGGCUCUCCUUCAAACAAUCACAGUAUUUGCCAAGGCAAAUGCGAAGCUAUUCAGCCCUGACCAACUGGAGACUCUUCACCCUUACAUCGGCAAUCUUACCACUGCGGAGGAUUUGUUCAUUUUCAGAUCUGUGGUGGUGAUCUAUCGCUGUGUCCUGCCGUACCUUUCGUCCGCUCACAACACUCUUCUAAAGGAAGUGCAAAACGACCUUUUCAAAAGCGUGGCGAAACUUGCUCGUUCAGAGCUCAACGAGGUUAUGGCCUGUUUGUGGACCAUCAAUGGCGUUUUGCGCAACACCGACAGACUCGUGAAACUGACCAUAUCGGUUCUAAAACCGAUUCAACAUUACAAAAACGUUGAUCUUGCAGAUAAUGCUAAUUCGGCUAUUGUGGCCAGAGCUAAGAGCUAUAUUCGAAUUGCCGGUUGCGUCGGGCGGCAUUGUGAUCUCGAGAAGUACGAACCUCAUUUCAAGAACGCUUUUCCCGCUUGGAAAGGCGGAUCGGUGGCUGGCUUGAUGGUCGACUCCAUUGUGCCUUUCACUCUCCCACAACAGCCUCUGGAACUCAGGGUUAUGGCGUUAGAGAGUGUGGGCUCUAUAUGCCAGUCCUGGCCCGCUCAGUUCAGCCGAGAUGAGCCGAGAAAGAUUCUUUCGAUGGUCUUCAAAGAAGACAAUGCAAGUCUUCAGAAUAUCGUCCUGAAAUCCUUUGCGGAAUUUUUCGCCAUGCACGAGGGCAAAGCAGAAAAAUCAGUCGUCCCGUCUGCUGAAAAAGCGGAUCAGGAGAACUCCACCAGAUUGGGUGGCUCAUUAAAAGCGAGUGACAACGACGGGGCUGCCGCUCUGAUAGCUCAACACUUCCUACAGAGCAUGCUCCGAGUCGCGCAAUCUCGGCAGGACGCAUAUGCUCUCACUGCCAUUGAAUUAAUUGCUAGCAUUAACCGUCAAGGACUGGUUCAUCCCAAAGAAUGCGCAGGCGUGUUGGUUUCACUGGAGACAUCCACCGUGCCAGCCAUUGCCAAGGUUGCGUUUGACACGCACAAGAUGCUGCAUCAACAGUAUGAGUCGAUGUUCGAAAGAGAAUAUAUGAGGGCGGUUCAGGAGGCUUUCUAUUACCAGCGCGAUGUGGUCGGUGAUUCUAGCGGCGCUUUGGCCCGACCUUACGUUGCAAAAUUAGCACCGCUUUUUGAUAUUAUCAAGACCAGUAACAGUCGAUAUCAGAAGAAAUUUCUGUCCAACCUGUGUUCGAAGGUAGACUUCGAAUUGAAGAAGCUCGAUAGCUCUGCGGACCCGCCAGAGCAUCUUCUACUUGCACGAUUUUUGUCUCAAAACCUGGCGUUCUUCGAUUAUGGCCAGCUUGCUGAGCUGGUCUCAGCUGUUGGGUGCAUGGAGCGCAUUGUUUCCGCGACAGGAACGGUUGUAGCCCAUUCGAUUGAAACAGAGAUUUUCCCGCCUAGGGUGGAGGCACCACUGGGAGAACUGUCAACCGAACCUGUACCACAAAGACCAGUCAACCCAGAGCCUCUACCACAGGUCAAACCGUCCGUGUUACGGCAACUGGCUACAGCAGCAGCAUCGCUCUCAAUGCUUUGGGAGGCCCGAACAUAUCUUCGCCGUCUGUAUGGGAUACACGCCCAUGUACGAGACAAGGAAGGUAAAGCUACGGCCAAGGAGCUGAACAAGUCCGCCACCAAAGUGCAAGGAGUGACCGGCGACAAGUUUUGGGACGCCAUAUCUCGGAACAUGGGAGCACUGAAUAGCGAAGAACAAAUGAUCAGCAAAUGUCGAGAAUUCGCCACUUUGCUUGCGAUCGAUGAUGAGUUCAAGGUUGGUGAGGACAAGGAUGCCGAAGGCGACAGCUUCGACGGUGUCGCUGAUCUUGACGACCCGGGGGCUGGUCCAGGGUCCGCCGGUGGGCAGCGACCUGGCAAACGGAAGAAUUCUGUUUCUGGUCAAAAUCUUGCGAAGCGGCCCCGGGGAAGAAAGAGCGGCUCCGGCAAGAAAAGAGCCAGCACGGAGCCAGACGAUGACAUGGAUUGGAGCUGA